UUUUGGUGCAUCUAUUCCGCCACUUUUUUCUUCCGUGGAGAGAAUGGCCAUGGAGGCGGCCGCUUCUGCCUUAGGCUCAAAUGUAAUCCAUGCCAUGAUCCACUGGGCUGCCCCAAGCAUAAUGAUUGUCAAACCUCCACAAUUGCGGCCUAUUCCCUCUUUUCUGCUCCCGUUUGCGCAGCCACUUCCCCACGCUCGACGUCUGCAUCAGCGCGUUAAAGCCGCUCCAAUACCACGCCCGACACCAUUCGUGCCAGAUGCACAGACAUUCCUCACUCUUAUCGGGCGCAAAUUGAGCCAGCAUGCGUCAAAGAUCCCUUCAUGGGACGCGCUCUUCUCGCUGACCUCUGCUCAGCUCCGAGAGCUGGGUGUUGAACCACCCCGGACUCGGCGGUACCUCUUACGCUGGCGGGAAAAGUUCAGGAAUGGGCAGUUUGGCAUUGGUGGUGAUAUUCAGCAUGUGGAGAAUGGGACUGCAGAGCUUCGCGUAGUAGAGGUAGCUGGUCAACAUGGAGGGAACCAUAAGAUCAUUGUCAACGUGCCUGCAGGAGGCAGUGCGCCUCCGAAGACGCUGACUGAGGACAUCGUGCCGAUCAACGGCGUGCAUAUCAAGAGAGCACACACCAUUGUAGGACCACACGUUCAGCCGCUGAAAGGGGGCAGGGCUGCUAAGAUCGAGGUGAAGGAAGGCCUGUGGGAGGACAAAAGAGGACAUAAGAUUGAUGGAGGUGAAAGACGACAAGCCGAGAUUCGAGCAAAAAGGAGGGGAGAGGAGAGACGUGCAGCGAGAUAG